GAGAAGCCGACAGCUUCAUAUCAAAAACAAGCAGCUAAGUUGCGUUAGCUAGCUCCCCUAUCUAACAGCGGACAGUUGGCCCGCAGCUGACUGAUCGUCACUUCAACUUUUUGGAAGCAACUUUGAGAACAAAACAAGUUGCCCGGCGAAGUAGUACAGACCAAACCUCCCCCCUGAAGUCAUGGCGUGUGGAGCCACCCUGAAGAGGACCAUGGAUUUCGACCCACUGAUGAGUCCUGCUUCCCCUAAAAGACGAAGAUGCAUCCCAGUUCCCCCGUCGUCCUCAUCCUCAUCCCCCAGGAAGUACCUUAACAUGGAGCCCUCGCCAUUUGGAGAAACCUCGUCGAGACUUAGCGCAGAACAAAUCCUCAACAGCAUUAAGCAGGAGUACAAACGCAUUCAAAAGAGGAAGCAUCUAGAUGGAGGUUACCAACAGUCAGAGUGCUGCUAUUCUCCAGAGUCCCCAUCCCAGUCAUCUACUAUGAAUGUUUCCAGCAUGCCAGGAACAUCUUCUGGAGGCGUUUCUCCGACUAGAAAAGAACAGCCAUUAUUCACCCUCAGACAAGUUGGAAUGAUCUGUGAACGUCUGCUCAAAGAAAGGGAAGAGAAAGUGCGAGAGGAAUAUGAAGAAACCAUGACAUCAAAAUUGGCAGAACAAUACGACACCUUUGUGAAGUUCACACACGAUCAGUUAAUGCGACGAUUCGGGGAGCAACCUGCGAGCUAUGUUUCCUGAGUGUGGCACGGAGUCUUUGCAAGACGGCCUUCUCUUGCUGCAAGCUAUCAAACGAUAUCUCCAGAAAGAAGAAGAAAAAAAAAAAGAAGCUCAUUCAGUUUAGCUAGUUUAAAUGGAACUUUUCUUACCGUGCCAUAUUUCUGUCUUUGGGCAAAGGUUUAUAUGAAGCUGUUGUCAAUCGUUACCACUCUGUUGUAAGCAGCUAAGUGCUUCCUGAUGUAAAUUAAUGGACCCUUUCUCUACCAGUGGCCUCUGUUCCUCCUGCCGUAUGUGUAUCUACAGCUAUCUCACUUUUUUAACGAUUUCCCAGCAUUCCAGGCUUUGUCACGUUUUGUUUGUUACAUGUAAAUAUGAUAAAGCACUGUAGACUUUUACAUAAGGUUUGCUGGUCAAUCUGUAAAGAAGAAACACAGUGAGGAUACGUUUGCAGUCUGUCCUCAUUUAUUGCUUUUUUUUUUUUUUUUUUUAAACCAGAGCAUUAAGUGGUCUGAUUGGAGCUUUUCUUUUUCUUCCCGACAAGUUUUUAUUUAUUUUGACUUUUGUUUUGCUGGUAUUAUUUGAAACCAAUGUACUUAUUGGACAAAACAAUAAAACCUUUAAAGAACUGG